AUGCGUUCCUCCACCGCCGCCAUUGCUCUUGCACUCGCUGUCGGCGCAGCAGCUGCUCCUCAGGGUGUCGUCUAUGUCACCAGUGUCAUUGACAAGACCACUACCUGGUGCCCGGCUGGUGCUACCAUCACCCACGCAAGCGGCACCACCGUCUUGACUGCUGCUACCAUGAUGACUCUGCCCGUCUCCUCUACUGCUGAGGCUGUCUCUGCCUCGACUCCCCAGGCUGCUUCCGUUUCCACAAUUCCUACUGGAGGCUCGUACGAGUCUGCUCCCGUCUCAUGCGCCGAGGGUAUGAUGUCCUCUGGUGGCUCAUGCGUACCUGUUCCUGUCACCUCCGCCCCCGUCCCUUCCGCCUCUGCUCCAGUCUCAUGCGCCGAGGGCAUGAUGUCCUCUGCUGGCUCAUGCGUAUCUGCCCCCGUCUCCUCCGCCGCUGUCUCGUCAGCUGUGGUCAUGCCUACUAGCGGCUCAUACGCUUCUGCUCCCGUUUCAUGCGCUGAGGGUAUGAUGUCUUCUGGUGGCUCAUGCGUGUCUGCUCCCGCCUCGAGCCCCGUUUCUCCUGAGGAGACCUCCUCCGUCCCUGCUGUCGAGUCAAGCCGUGCUCCUGUCGCCUCUGUCGGAACCGCUACCCCUAUCAUUCCCGGUGCAGCCUACGGCUCCUCUGCUCCUUACCCCAUGUCGUCUGCUGCCGGCGCUGUUGGCUACGCUCAGCCCUCGGGUGUCGCUGGUCCCUCUGGCUACGCCCAGCCCUCUGGAGUUGCUGGUGCCUCUGGUUCUUCGUCAGCUGCUAGCCCUGCCAGCCCCUCCUCCUCCGCCUACACUGGUGCCGCUUCUCGCAACUUCGCCGGCGCUACUGGUGUUCUUGCCGUUGCCGUCGCUUUCCUUGCUCUCGCUUAA